CUGCAAACAGGACAACUACUGCAGCACCACGAUAUAGACACAAUCAUGAGCUCACCCCUACGACCAAGCAUGUCUGCCGCAAACAGAGGCCCAGGUAACGCCGGUCGGCGGAAAAGAGCGAGAGACGACGAAGACGAGAUCAUGUCGUCGUCGCCAGCAGCACUACCCUCGUCGCCCCCUCUACUCCCCACCAACGAGAACGACGAGCUGGAAGAUGACGACCUAGACGCCGAAGACGAUCUGAUUGGCGACGUUGACGAUCUGGACGAGAUGGCCGAAGACGAAGACGGCAUCGACUUGUUUGGAGACAAUUUCAUGAACGACGAGCGCGAACGCGGCAACCAGGAAACAUACCAGGGUCGUAUGAUUGAUGAUGAUGGUGACUACGACGACCUCGACCUGGCCACCCGUCGGCAACUGGAAGCUCGUCUGAACAAGCGCGAUCGGGAGCUGGCUCAAAGACGUCGAAUGCCGGCCGCUUUCAUGCCAGAUGAUGACGAAGAUGAUGGCAUCGACCUCACAAAGCAACCCCGAAGACGCCGACAUCAUUACGAUGAAGACCAAGAAGAUAUGGACCUUGAUGAAAACAUCAUGGAAGAAGAGCUCUCUUUGGAGACCUUGCAAGACGUCAAAGCAUCCAACAUCACGGAAUGGGUGACUCUACCCUCUGUCAUGAAGACCAUCGCAAGAGAGUUCAAGUCAUUCCUAACAGAAUAUAUUGAUGCCAACGGCACUUCAGUCUACGGAACGCGAAUUCGAACUCUGGGUGAAGUCAACUCGGAGACUCUCGAGGUCUCGUAUGACCAUUUGUCCUCAACGAAAGCCAUUCUGGCCUACUUCCUGGCAAAUGCGCCCGCAGAGAUGCUCAAGAUUUUCGAUAAGGCAGCUUUCGAAGUCGUCCGCCUCCACUAUCCGAACUACGAACUGAUCCACCCAGAGAUCCAUGUGCGCAUCUCGGACUUGCCAGUCCAAUACACCUUGCGCCAACUCCGACAGUCGCAUCUCAAUUGCCUCGUUCGUGUCUCGGGUGUCGUUACCAGACGAACAGGUGUCUUCCCACAGCUUCAAAUGGUCAAGUUCACUUGUACAAAGUGCGGUGUCACACUCGGACCUUUUGCCCAAGAAUCAACUUCUGCCGAAGUCAAAUUGACAUUUUGUACGGAAUGUCAAUCGCGAGGCCCCUUCACGUUAAACAGCGAGAAGACCAUUUACCGCAAUUACCAAAAACUGACCCUGCAGGAAUCCCCAGGAACCGUGCCCGCUGGUCGGCUGCCACGGCAUCGGGAGGUCAUCCUUCUUGCUGAUCUCAUCGACAAAGCAAAGCCUGGCGAGGAGAUCGAAGUUACUGCAAUUUACCGCAACAACUACAGCGGUCAGCUCAAUAACAAGAAUGGCUUUCCCGUUUUUGCAACCAUGCUUGAAGCCAACCACAUCAUCAAGACACAUGAUCAGCUUGCUGGUUUCAGACUGACUGAAGAGGACGAGAGACAAAUCAGAGCACUAUCGAAGGAUCCGUCGAUUGUCGAAAAGAUUGUCGACUCAAUAGCACCAUCUAUAUACGGCCACAGAGACAUCAAAACUGCAGUGGCUCUUUCGCUUUUCGGCGGUGUGAGCAAAGAAGCACAAGGCAAGCACAAGAUCCGCGGCGACAUUAACGUUCUUUUGCUUGGUGAUCCUGGUACAGCCAAGUCUCAAGUCCUGAAAUAUAUUGAGAAGACGGCUCAUCGAGCUGUCUUUGCCACUGGUCAAGGUGCAUCGGCCGUGGGUUUGACUGCUUCCGUCCGCCGAGACCCGCUCACUGCAGAAUGGACGCUUGAAGGCGGUGCUCUGGUGCUCGCUGACCGGGGCACUUGUUUGAUUGACGAGUUCGACAAGAUGAACGAUCAAGAUCGGACUUCCAUCCACGAGGCUAUGGAACAGCAGACGAUCUCAAUCAGCAAAGCUGGCAUUGUCACUACUCUUCAGGCACGCUGCGCCAUUGUGGCAGCUGCAAACCCUAUCGGAGGACGCUACAACAGCACUAUCCCAUUCAGUCAGAAUGUCGAAUUAACGGAGCCCAUCUUGUCUCGUUUUGAUAUCCUCUGCGUCGUCAGAGACACCGUUGACCCAGCCGAAGACGAACGGCUGGCAAAGUUCGUUGUCCACAGUCACGGUCGAGCACAUCCUGCCAGACUCAGCGUCGAUACAGGUGACACCGUCGCCAUGGAGAAUGAGGAUACCGACGACGUCAACAACGGCGAGCCAAAACAAGAAGGAGCGAUUCCGCAAGAACUGCUGCGCAAAUAUAUUCUCUACGCCCGGGAGAAGUGCCGACCCAAAUUGUACCAGAUCGACCAGGACAAGGUUGCGCGUCUGUUUGCGGAUAUGAGAAGAGAGUCUCUGGCAACGGGUGCAUAUCCUAUCACCGUCCGUCAUCUUGAAGCAAUUAUGAGAAUCGCCGAAGCAUUCUGCAAGAUGCGUUUGUCGGACUUUUGCACCUCUCAGGACAUUGAUCGUGCAAUCGCAGUGACCGUCGAUUCGUUUGUUGCCAGCCAGAAAAUCAGCUGCAAGAAAGCUCUUGCCAGAGCAUUUGCGAAAUAUACCUUGAAGCGUCCAGAACGUCAACGGACUCGAGUAGCUGGGGCAGGCAGGAGUGCCAACAGUGUGGGAACAGUGUCUGCAUAAUCUCUGCAUGGUAUGAUGGAGUAAUGAGUUCAACGAUACCUUGAUGUUUGCUUUUGUAUGUGGAUGGCCAUAGCUAUCGAGACACUGACUGGGCCCGUGCUUCAUGAGCUGCGGUUGUAAUAUAAAAUACUGUCAUUGUAGUACUCGUCCAAGGCUUCUGGCUCACGGUAUAUGUACAGUAUUGGCCUGGGCGUGUAUCCGUACUAUGGCUGAAGCAAUAAUGAUCAUUC